UAUAAAAGAAAAAGUGCAAGUGAGUGAAUAGAAAGAAAAUAAAAAUAAAAAUACCGGCAGCAACAGCAGCGAGAAAGUUAAAAUAAAUUGAAAUAAUUUAUUCAAUUUAAUUCAAAACAAAUCAAAAGCAACACACAAAAAACACCUGCUAUGCUUCCAAGUAAUUUUCUCAGAACCAGCCGAUUAGCGGCCAAGAAUUUCAUGCGCACGCUUACAUAUAGAACUACCACUCGUCGUUGUCCAACAGCAGCCACAAUUCCAUCGGUUUCUGUUGCUGGUAUUCGAUUGUGUUUGGUUUUGUUGCCUAUUCAAAUUUUACCACUAGUGCAAGUGGUUCGGUGUUCUUCUGCUGACGCCGAAAAAAAUAACACGAUGUCUGACGAAGCAAAGAACGCAAAAUCAAUUUACGACUUCACAGUCAAGGACACUCAUGGCAAUGAAGUGAACUUGGAAAAGUACAAGGGCAACGUUGUUUUGAUUGUGAACAUCGCUUCGCAAUGUGGACUUACCAAGAACAACUACCAAAAGCUGACUGAAUUGAAGGAAAAGUACGGUGAAAGGGGAUUGAAAAUCUUGAACUUUCCCUGCAAUCAGUUCAAUUCACAAAUGCCCGAAGGCGAUGGUGAAGCAAUGGUAUGCCAUUUGAGAGAUGCCAAAGCCGAUAUUGGAGAUGUUUUCCAAAAAAUUGAUGUUAAUGGUAAGGAAGCUCAUCCACUUUAUCAGUACCUCAAGCACAAGCAAAGUGGAACUCUGACCAGUAGCAUCAAAUGGAAUUUCACAAAAUUCUUGGUCAACAAAGAAGGUAUUCCUGUUGAACGUUAUGCACCUACUACAGAUCCUAUGGACAUAAGCAAGGAUAUUGAGAAGUUAUUGUAAGAAGUGGCACUGAGAUGAAACCAAAUAAUAUUCAUUAUAAAUGUUCCUUCUUAAAAAUGAAUUCAUCAAAAAAUAUAUAUGUUAACUUUUAUUGUCCCUUGCUUAUAAUAAGUGAACUUACAGUUAUUUUCUAAAUUAUUUCUUUGAAAGAAAAAAAUGUAUUUGUUUGAAGAUGUAAAAAGUGCAUUUGAUUUAAUGAAGAUUUCAACUCUCUUUAAAGGUUUGAAUUAAAUAUCUCUAUUGUACUGCAUUAUUUUAAUAAAAGUAUUUUAAAAAUUAUAAAGAA